UCAGUCCCCUUCCAUUUCCACGCGUCUUAACGUAAUUUUACAUUGACUUGUUGUUAGAAUAGAGAGUGACUUUCUUUGAAGUAUUCCUACAUCUCCAAAUUCAACCCCAUGGAGAAGAUUCAUCCUUCAUAGCAGAUAGAUAGUUGUAUCUUGAAAUCCCAGCACCCCAAACUCUCAAUUUCUCAUCUAAUCAUAGAGGGGGAGGGAGAGAGAGAGAGAGAGAGAUGGAUUCUGAUGAAAGGCCACAGCAAGUAACAGGGGUAGUUAUAAUAACUCUUCCACCCUCUGACAACCCUUCUUUAGGCAAAACAAUCACAGCUUUUACUCUUACUAAUGAUGUUUUUCCUCAAUCUCACCAAACCCAACAACGCCAACAACAAGAAGAACAGACUUUGCCAACAACCCAGAUUCUAACACCAGCUCCACCUUCAGCACAAAACCCUCAACGUGGAUUCUCAUUCUUGGCACUCUUUUCUGAUAACCCAAGAAAGCUAUUAGGCUUUCUGGGUAUCUCCCUUUUCGCUCUUCUUCUUUACAGUUCUGCUUUCUCUAAUACUUUUGUAGAAUUAAGGAAUUCCAACAAUGAUGAUGAUGAAAAGCCACAGUCUUUUAUCUUCCCUUUGUAUCAUAAACUGGGGGCUGAUUUGGAGCUCAAGUUGGGGAGAUUUGUGGAUGUUGAUAAGGAGAAUUUGGUAGCUUCAGUUGAAGGUGGUGCAACGGGAACUCAGAAGAUCAACAAAUUGGUGGCUUCUAAUGCUGCUGUAAUUGAUUCAUCCGGUACUAUUUUGCCUGUUAGGGGCAAUGUUUAUCCGGACGGAUUGUACUUCACAUACAUGCUUGUUGGGAAUCCGCAAAGACGUUAUUUUCUUGAUAUUGAUACUGGAAGUGACUUAACAUGGAUACAAUGCGAUGCUCCUUGCUCCAGUUGUGCCAAGGGAGCAAAUCCUCUAUACAAACCCACAAGAGUAAAUAUUGUAGCGUCCAAGGACUUGAUGUGCACUGAGGUACAGAAGAAUCAAAAGCCUCAAAAUUGUGAAACCUGUCAACAGUGUGACUACGAGAUUGAAUAUGCUGAUCGUAGCUCCUCCCUGGGGGUUCUUGCAAGAGAUGAACUUCACCUAGUGACUGCAAAUGGAUCAACUACCAACUUAGAUGUUGUUUUUGGGUGUGCAUAUGAUCAGCAAGGCAUACUUUUGAACACUCUGUCAAAGACAGAUGGAAUUCUUGGACUAAGCAGGGCUAAAGUUAGUCUGCCUUCUCAAUUGGCAAGCAAGGGAAUCAUUAACAAUGUGGUUGGUCAUUGCCUUGCAACAGAUGUUGGUGCCUCUGGAUAUAUGUUCUUAGGUGAUGAUUUUGUACCAAACUGGGGCAUGUCAUGGGUCCCUAUGCUUGGAAGCCCUUCAACAGAAUUUUACCACACACAAAUUGUGAAAAUCAAUUAUGGAAGUAGCUCCCUCAGUUUAGGCAGACAACAUAGCAGCAUUGGAAGAGUUGUGUUUGACAGUGGCAGUUCUUAUACGUACUUCAUGAAACAAGCAUAUGCCGAAUUGGUUGCUUCUCUUAGCGAGGUUUCCGAGGUGGGAUUUAUCCAAGAUGUAGCAGAUACAACACUGCCAAUGUGCUGGCAAGCUCCAUUUCCUAUCAGAUCUAUCAAGGAUAUUAAGCAGUUCUUCAAGACUUUAACCCUUCAAUUUGGGAGUAAAUGGUGGAUUAUUUCCAAGAGGUUUCAUAUUCCUCCAGAAGGCUACUUGAUCAUUAGUAAAAAAGGUAAUGUCUGCUUAGGCAUCCUGGAUGGAAGCAAAGUACAUGAUGGAUCAACAAUUAUACUUGGAGACAUAUCGCUACGGGGGCAAUUGGUCGUCUAUGAUAAUGAGAAACUGAAGAUUGGGUGGACACAAUCAGAUUGUGCCCACCCAAGAAGAUUCAAGAGCCUUCCAUUCGUUGAAGGAUAGUUUGGCUGCAUUACUGCAUUAUAAUACCACAACUACUAUACUCAUAUCUGUACAUUCUAAGUAUACACAUUUGCCCUUUGUAAAUUUUUCUCACUUAAUGCUUCUUCUUCUUCUUCUUCUAGACCAAAGCUGCACAUCUUCAUAUGUUUCUUCGCCGAAGGAUAGAAUAUGAGUCCUUUAGUGUCCAACUUAUAGUCAUCAAAUCACAAUUCUAUCUAUUCAUUUUAAAAUA